CAACCUAUGAACUUUAAGGGGCCGGUUUCUCAAUAAUUGACUAUUGACUGAUUGAUGAGAUGACUGAUGCCUGAUGGAGUGUUGUCUUGUCAGUGUUGAUUAUGAUGGUGCAAAUUUUUUUUGGCUUCAUUUAAGUUACCAAGUUGUUAUCUCGGUGUCUUUUUAGUAAUUAGUGAACAAUGUCGCAAACCACAGCUGAAAUUCCCACCAAAGUGAAAACCAAGAAAGAUGCGGAGGAAGAUAAAAACGAAUUGUCUGAGGAAGACAAGCAACUUCAGGAUGAGCUAAAUCUUUGUGUGGAAAGAUUAACAGAAAAUGAUGAAAAUCUAUAUUUAUCCGCUCUUAAUGUUCUCUCAAUGAAAAUUAAAGCUUCCACAACUUCUAUGACUUCGGUGCCAAAACCAUUGAAGUUUAUGAAACCCCAUUAUGAUACCAUGAAGCAAGUUUAUGAUAAAAUCAAAAACCCAGAAGUCCAAAGGGUGUGCGCUGAUAUUAUUUCAGUUUUGGCCAUGACUUUGGGAGACGGGCGUGAAUGUUUGAAAUAUAGACUUUUGUCAGAUUUGGAUAAGAUUGGAGAAUGGGGUCAUGAAUAUGUCAGACAUCUUUCUGGCGAAAUUGCUGCUGAAUGGGGUGAAAAGGAUGAAGAUGAUAAAGAUAUGGAAGCAAAAGUGAUUCAAUUGGCCGAACAAAUUGUUCCUUACAAUAUGGCUCACAAUGCUGAAGCUGAAGCUUGCGACUUGCUCAUGGAAAUAGAAAGGCUUGAUCUUUUGGAAAGAUAUGUGGAUGAGAAUAUUUACACCAGAGUUUGCUUGUAUCUUACAAGUUGUGUUGAGUAUGUUGCUGAUCCAGAAAACACAACACUUUUGCAAACUACUCUAAUGCUAUUUAAAAAAUUUGGUCAGUAUCCUCAAGCUCUACGUUUAGGCAUGAAGUUGAAUGAAAAAGAACUUAUUAAAGAAAUAUUUCUAUCCUGUCCAGAUAUCAUUGUCCAAAAGCAACUGGCUUUUAUGUUAGGGCGCCAACAAAUCUACAUUGAAGUCCCUGAAACCACUCCAGAAUAUGAAGAUCUCACAGAGAUAAUGGCCAACUGUCAUUUGAACAAUCAUUUCCUGAACUUGGCAAGGGAAUUAGACAUCAUGGAACCAAAAACUCCUGAAGAUGUUUACAAAUCUCAUUUAGAAAAUACCAGACCUUCUUUUGGAGGUAGUCAAGUAGAUUCCGCAAAACAAAAUCUUGCUGCCAGUUUUGUCAAUGGGUUUGUAAAUACUGCAUUUGGGCAAGAUAAACUUCUCAUGGAGGAUGGUAAUAAGUGGCUCUACAAAAACAAAGAUCAUGGAAUGAUGAGCGCAACAGCUUCACUUGGAUUAGUACUUUUAUGGGAUGUUGAUGGCGGUUUAACUCCAAUUGACAAGUACUUAUACUCUUCAGAGGAUCAUAUCAAAUCUGGAGCACUUCUAGCAUGUGGUAUAGUUAAUUGCGGUGUCAGAAAUGAAUGCGACCCUGCUCUUGCCUUAUUAAGUGACUAUGUUAUGCAUAGCGCUCCUAUCAUAAGAAUUGGUGCAAUAUUAGGUCUGGGAUUAGCCUAUGUAGGCUCUAAUAGAGAAGCAGUACUUGACUUACUGUACCCAGUAUUUUCGGAUCAAAGUUCUAAUAUGGAAGUUAUUGGAAUGGCUGCUUUGGCCUGUGGAAUGAUUUCAGUUGGUUCUGAAAAUUCCCAUGUAACUAUGAUCCUCAUGCAGACAUUGAUGGAAAAAUCCGAAGAGGACUUGAAGAAGGAUACCUACGCUAGAUUUAUACCCUUGGGACUUGGCUUAUGUAAUUUGGGAAAGCAAGAUAGUAUUGACACAGUAAUUGCUGCUCUGGCAGUUCUUGCUGAACCAUUUGGAUCUAUGGCAACAACUAUGGUGGAUAUUUGUGCCUAUGCGGGUACAGGAAACGUACUAAAAGUCCAACAAUUGCUCCACAUCUGUUCUGAACACUAUGAUACUGAUACAUCUGAAAAAGACAAAAAAGACAAAGAUAAGGAUAAAAAAGAAAAAUCAGAAGAUAAGGAAAAAGAUCAUUCAGCAAGGCAAGCUAUUGCUGUCCUUGGCAUUGCCCUUAUAAGUAUGGGAGAGGAUAUUGGCAGUGAAAUGGCUUUUAGAACCUUUGGAAAUCUAUUAAGAUAUUGUGAGCCUGUUAUUAGAAGGGCCGUACCUUUAGCUUUAGGUCUUAUCUCUGUCUCAAACCCAAAAUUGAGUAUUCUGGAUACUUUAAGUAAAUUUUCCCAUGACAGUGACUCAGAAGUUGCUCAUAAUGCUAUAUUUGCAAUGGGCUUAGUGGGCGCUGGCACUAACAAUGCAAGAUUAGCUGCUAUGCUACGUCAACUAGCACAAUAUCAUGCUAAAGAUCCCAAUAAUCUUUUCAUGGUCAGGAUUGCACAAGGGUUAACUCAUUUAGGAAAAGGAACUUUGACGCUUUGCCCUUAUCAUAGUGACAGGCAGCUAAUGAGUCCUGUAGCAGUUGCUGGCCUAAUGGCUACUUUAGUUGGUUUUCUAGAUGUUAAAAACAUUAUCCUGGGAAAAUCACACUAUUUACUGUACACAUUAGCAGCGGCCAUGCAGCCUAGAAUGUUGGUCACCUUUGAUGAAGAUCUCAAUCCAUUACCUGUACCCGUUCGUGUUGGUUUGGCUGUGGAUGUGGUAGGGCAAGCUGGCAAACCGAAAACGAUAACUGGUUUCCAAACUCACACAACGCCAGUACUAUUAGCACACGGAGAAAGAGCCGAGCUGGCAACAGAAGAAUACCUUUCGCUUACACCCAUAAUGGAAGGAUUUGUGAUACUGAGGAAAAAUCCUGACUUUAGUCCAUAAUGUUUUUAUUAAGCUUUAUAGUCUGUCAAAAUGGCAUGAACGGAAAUAUUUGUGUAAAAGUUCAAAAACAUGUUAAAAUUCCUACAGAAAUAUACAUAUUCGAAUGUUUUUUUCCAUGUCCGAUGAAAAAAAUUAAUGUUACACAAAUACUUCCCCACAUGAAGUUUCUAAGACUAAGUUUUAUUAUUAUUUUUUUUUUUUGAUAUACAGUGUGUUUAAAAUUAAAGUUUAUACAUUGAGGUCCUGUCUAUUAAUUGAAAAAACUAGGGGAAGUCUAAAGACAAAAGCUUUGUUUUGGUUUGAUAUAUGACUGUUCUAAAACGGUCGAAAAAAAUCGUACAGUUUUUAUUGGAAUUAUUGAUAGCCGAGCUGUUGUCAUUUUGUUGAUUAAUAAACUGCGAUUGUAUUGAACCGUUCUAGAACCAUCCAUUUUUUAAACCAAAGCAAAGCUAAUUAGUGGGUCAUGACCAGCGCGCAUGACGGCGGUUCAUGACGGUCAUGUCACAUUAUUUUAUUUUACCUGCUAGGCUAGGAUAGCUUUUAUUGACUUAUUUUGUAAUUUGUUGAAAUUUCUUCUGUUCUGAAAUUAUUAAUAAUUUGUCAAAACUUCAUAAUCUUCAUAAUCAAUUAUUGACUAUCCUUAUUUUAAACUUUUUUUGUACUUAUAUUAUUAUUCUGGUAAAAAGCAACUUGAGCCAGGAUUUUUCUGAUAGUGAAGUAAAAUUAGAUGGUUUAAUGUAUUUAGAUGUGACAGAAGCUCCAAAACCAGUAGCAAGUCAAGUGGUGGUGGAGUUUUGAUCUUUGUUAGAAGCAGUAUUAGUUCACAAUGCAUCAGAGUUGAUGAGGGUAGAAUUGAGCAGCUAUCUCUUUAUUCUAUGUCAAAUAAAUAAAUCCAGAUUUGUUAUUGGGGGAUUACAUACCUCCUCAGUCAUCACGUGAAUCCUAUGUCUGGCGCUGUGAGUCGGUAAAACAUUUAUGUGAGCAAUAUCCAAGGAUGAAUGUGUACUUAUUUGGAGAUUAUAACUUACCCAAUGCAGUGUGGUCCAAUGACGAGUUUGGAACAAUGGUGCAAUGUCCAGGUGGAGACCCAGCAAUGCAGGUAGCUCAAUCUUUUGGGUUUCUUAAGCUUUCUCAAGUCAAUGAAAUACCUAAUGAUAGGAAUAUUUUUUUGGAUUUAGUGUUUUCAAAUGUUAAGGAUUUAGCUGUAACCAGGGCUUGCGAUUCUCUUAUUUUGGGCUUCAGUAUCCACUACAUUAGUUAGGAAUCCUUUAUAUCGCCUUAUGAUGGUGAAUUGGAGGCUGACAAAUUAGCUUACAGUGAAUUUUACUAUGAUAUUGGGAAUGGUUGAUAUGUAGAGCUACAAAAUUAUUUGGCAUCAAUUGACUGGGUCAAUUGUUUAUUCUUUGGUAAUAUUAAUGAAUCAACUGAUUUGUUUUAUGAAAUAUUGAAAACAGCUAUUGCCUGCUUUAUCCCUCUAAAAAAGUAUAAAACAACUCCUUUCCCAAAAUGGUUUUCUUCAGAAUUGCGUCAGUUAACUAUACAGAAAAAAAAGCACAUUCAGUUUACAAAAUAAAGGAUCAUUCCAAUGACAGUUACAUGAGGUUUUCUCCUAUUAGGUACACUCGCAGUGCAAAAGGAUUUCGGAUAUUUGUUUUGCAAAUUAUAUUACUGGUUUCGAUGAGAAAUUGAGGGAAGAUCCGAAGUCUUUUUGGAAGAACAUAAAUGACAAGCGAUCUGGUCAUAGUCUACCUGCUUCUCUGUUCUAUGACAAUAAACGCGCUUCUAAAGGGCAGGGAAUAGUAGGUUUGUUUAAAGAUUUUUUUCAAACAGUUUACACGCGUAAUCCGGAUCAAAAAUUGCCUGAUAGUUCUGAUGUAGGUUGGAAGGACUGCAAUAUGAGCAAUAAUAUUUCGGGGUCGUCAGUGUUUCCUGAUAUUUGAAAGGAAAGUUACAUUAUUCCAGUGCUUAAGAAUGGUUUGAGGGAUAACGUUGAAAACUAUCGUAACGUUUGCAAUCAAUCUGCCAUACCAAAGUUACUGGAUUGUCUUGUGAGCAAACAACUAGCAUAGCAGUGUAAAGGCAUGAUUUCACAGGAGCAGCAUGGCUUCUCUAUGAAUGAAUCAACUGCAACAAAUUUGGUAUAGCUUAUCAUACUGAUAUCGUAGGAAAUAUGGAGGAUAGGAAACAAACCGAUUCAUUAUAUACAGAUUUCUCGAAGGCCUUCAAUCGAGUUGAUCACCGAAUUUUACUUAGGAAAUUACAGCAGAUUGGAUUCAAUUUCAAGCUAAAUGUUUGGGAGCUGUUUGACAGGCAGAGUCCAACGAGUUAAAAUAGGGAGCUUUUUGAUAAAAUUUCGUUCUCAUCAGGUGUGCCUCAGGGUGGGCAUUGUUCACCGCUUCUAUUUAAUGUAUUUGUGAACGAUAUUGUUGAAUGUUCUAUAAAUAGUCGUUGCCUGAAAUUUGCUGAUGAUUUAAAGUUCUGGAGAACGGUAGAGGAUAUCUGUGACAGGUGCUUUUACAGGAAGAUUUGAACCGUUCAUCUGAUUGGUGCCAAAGAAAUAAAUUGUAUCUCAAAUGUGAAUAAAUGUUGUUUUAUAAGCUUUACCAGAAAACUUCAUAGAAUUGAAACUAGCUAUUAUAUAAAUGAUCAGUUACUGAAAUAUGUGUCAUCCCAUCAUGGCUUCAUGUUAGUAAAUCCAUAAAAGUGUUCACAUGAUGGGAAUUGAUGAUGUGAUGGGAAUAUUUUCUCUAAUACGCUUUUCCAACAAACCAUAAACCAUGGCAAGAUAUGCUACCUCGUCUAGUGUAUAGUAUAGGGUACUUUUGAUAAAAUUGAUCUACAAUUAGAUAAAUAAUUCUGCUUUCAACCGAAUUUGGGGCUUCUGAAAUAAUGAUAAUGAUAUGAUAAGGUCAUCCUUAGAGUAUUGUUCAGUGGUGUGGUCGCCAUUUUUUCAGGUGCAUAUAGGGAUUCCUUGGAAAGAAUUCAACACAAAUUUUUGCGUGUUUGUGCCGAAAAAGGUGGUUCUAGGUUGACAGACCAUGAUUAUGGGGAAAUUGAACAGAAAUUAUCUUUAUUUCCUUUGAACCAACGCAGAGAUAUGCUUUGAGCGUUUUUUAUAUACAAAAUCAUCAGUGGGGUCACUGACUGUCCUAGUCUUUUGAGUCAGAUUGGUUUGAAUGUGCCUUAUUAUCAUGGUUUGCGUCGCCAAUAUUGUUUCAAUGUUCCUUUCCAUAGAACCAGCUAUGGUGUAAAUAACCCUUAGAUAUAUAGGUAUUUACCUUUAUUAAAUAAUUUAAAAGUAGAUGUGUUUAACGUUUCGGUGGUUAAAUUGAGGAAAGCUCUACAAGUGUUAAUCUUUUGUCUACCACUAGUGGAAGGGUAAGGAUAGUGUGCCUUCAAAGUACAAGGUUAGUAGUUGGGGGUGAUAGAGUGAAAAUCAAACGAGAAGAAGCCACACGCGUUAUCGUUUGUCUCACUUCAAAUGGGAGGGACCCAGAGAAAAGCAAAUCUGCCUUCUUUGUCAGCGCUGACGUCAAUGUCUUCUACUCGUUUGAUUUUUACUCUACUCGAACUUAUUUACCUAGUUUUUUCUUGUCUUUUUUCUGUUGAUUUUUGUGAUAAAUAUAGUUAUGUAAGUUUUGAUUGUUUUUUUUUCUUGUUUAUUUCGGAGUUAGUUCUCUACAUAGAGUAAACAAUAGUUUGGGUUAGUUUUCAUGUUUUUGGUUAAUUUCGUUACUGUUGGUAUGAUGGAUGGAAUUUUUAAAUGAAAUAAAUUCAGUAUCAGAAAGACUGUUUAUCUUCUGGAAAAAUUAAAAAAAGAACGGGUCCCCUUUAUUUUUAGUUUGGCACAUUUUUUCGGCCUUCUCAUGGAAUUUACCCCUUUCUUGAGGAUAGAAACCACCCCCAACUUUUUUUUUUCAAAUGUCAAGAUAUGUAUUGGGAUAGCUCGUUGAAAUGGGCAUAAAAAAAAGAAGAUGACCCAUUAUUUCAGUGAUCUAGAAAGCGAGAAAAAAAUAAAAACAUAUUUUUCCAUACAAUAUUUUUUACAGUUAAAAUUGUUGAAUAUCUUCAGCAUUUUUUCUUGGUAGAACCCUAAUGCGAAACAAGCCCCAUUUGUAACGUUACGUAAUUAUUUCUGACGUUAACACACUAUUUGAUGCCUGAUACUCGGAUUCUCAACCCUAAAAUAGUGUGUUAACGUCAAAAAUAAUUACAUAACUAGAUCACCGAAAUGCAAAAGUAAAUAAUGGGUCAUUUUAUUAUUAUUUAGCAUCGAAGUACCUUAACGAGAGCACAGUUCCCAAACGAAAUUAUGGACUGUCGCCAUUGUAUCUGGAAUGAUGUUUGAAUGUACUGAUAGUUGUUCAUGAAAGUGACAUUCAACGAUGUGUCAAAGACACGAACAUAGCCGUUUCUCAGCCGAUGCUACGUCGUUACCUGAACUGAGUUGGGUACACGGAAAAAAAACUUUCUAUAGGACAUAGAAAUAAGGCUUCGCAGUAAAAAUAGGAGAGCACGUGCCAAGCGAGAAAUAUUGUUCGUCCUCCAAAUCCGCAACCACACUCAAAGAAAAUGAUAGGUCAAAUAAACCAGAAAGAGCAUAUGAAAAUGCGCCUAUCCACCUUCAUAGUUAUAACAACCAGAAAUUAAUAGUUAAACAUAUUUUUACCAGAAUAAUAGUUCAGUAACCAAAUUUUUUGUUGUAGCAACAAAAUAGAGUGUAUAAUGUCAAUUAUUCAUGCUCAGUAACAAUUAUUCAGUUGAGUAACUGAAUAAUUGUUCAGUAUCCAAAAUUUUUUGUUAUAGAAACAAAAUAGAAGGUACAAUACCAAUCAUUCAGUUGAUAAACUAUUUUUUGUUUGCUGUAUCAUUAGAUGGUACCUUAACAUUUUUUUUUUUUUGGUUGUUCAAACUUAUUUUUGUCUAUCUACUUGUAGGCAGGUAGUUUCGUCGAAUUAAAACACAGUGUUCAAAGUAGCGGUAUUUAUUUUUGAAAUGACACAUUAACAAUUACCUUGUUGUUUUCUUUUUAAAUAAGGCGUGUUUGAAGCAAGGUGGCAACAGUGAGUGGAUUGAUAAGGCAACUAUCAUGUCAUCUUUACUACAUGGAGAAUCUGUAAACAAAAAUAGCUUUAAAAUAAGAAGGUACAUCGUAAAAAAACAAUAUUAAGAUUUUACCUUCGGGAUUCAUUGUGUUUAACCCAGUUUUAGAAGAUUUAUGUUCUGUUUAUAUUUGACUUUUUCGUUGAAUACCUAUUGGUACUGCCAGAUUUCUAAAGUUGCUCCAUUUCUAUACUAAAUUGUAUGAUUUUCCUGUGUGUUCGAAAAAUCUAGUUGUAUCUAUAAGAAAAGUAGGUACCUACUUGUUAGAUAUUUUAUUGAAUGAUAUAAACAUAAAUAUUUUUUCUUAACAAAUUAGUAGAUAGAAUCCACAAGCGAAUCUGUGAAUAAUUUCUCUUGAAAGCUAUCCAUCCUGACUUACCCUUCGGGUCCGAACACUUUGAACGAAUUAUUCAUUAAUCAUCAGUGAUUAAUCUGGAUUAAUACCAAUGCAAGUCCGUAUUCCGUAAGGUUUCACCUGUUUGUCUUGUGUCUGCACUAGACGAGGGCGAAAUACCUACUGGUCUAAAUCCGACGACGGCAAGGAAAACCGAUAUAAAUUUCAAAUUUUGUAUGCAAUAAUAGGUAAAUCCAACCAAAAAAAAGCAUUUUGGACAAUAAUUUUGUAGAUGUAGCAAAUCAGAGGGUUGACUUUAAAUAAAAUUUGGUUAGUUAACAAAUUUCUUUGGUAACUUAACAACAUUGUGGUUUAAAUUCACCAUUAAGUAAUGGUUAAAAGCAGUUUAAACAAUUUCUAGUUUGGUUUGAUGAAGCCGUUUAACAAAAAAACUGUUAGUGAACUAAAUAAUUGUUAAAUUUGCCUAAAAUUUCAUUGUCACUAAACUAUUAAAAUUGGUUAAGUAUCCCAUGCAUUAAUAGUUGAAAAUUCAUUAAACAUUUACUGGUUUGGUUUGACAAACUUUAACAAAAAACUGUUAGUGAACUAAAUAAUAGUUCAAUUUUCCAAAAAUAUUAUAGUCACUUUUAACAAGUAAAUUUGUUAAAUAUGCCAUCCAAUAAUGGGUAAAACUGAAUUAAACAUUUUCUGGUAUGAAUUGACAAAAUUUAACCAAAAUCCUGGUUAGUGAGCAAAAUAAUAGUUAUAAUAUCUAUUUUUUAAGUUAAAUCAAGUUUUGUGUCGCAACAAUUUUUUAUUGGUAGAAAUAACUUUCAAGCUCUGAUUAAAUUAAACAGAUUGUAGUUUCAUUUGACAAUAUCAUCGGAUUUGUUAUUCAACAAUUUUUUUUUGUUGAAUCAACCCAUGUAAUUUUUCUGAGUGCAUAAACUAGGAGCGGUUGAAUUUUAUAAAAAACACAGUGAGUUGAAGACCGUUAUGAAAAAAUUAGUGGCCAUGCCGUAGAGUUGUUGAAGAUGAGAGCAAGAGCAUAUAUGGGAAAGUGAGCCAAAGAAGUCGUUCCAGGUCUCAAUUUGGAAGCUAGAGCUCUCGAAACGGCAGCAAUGCGAAAAGCACGAAAAUAACCUACUGAAAAGGCAUAGAGAAGAGUUCCCGAUUACGCAGUCGUUUUGCUAACAUAUCCAGGGUCGUCCGCUCUGGAUUCAGCAGAACCAAAGAAGCCAGUGAAGACGCUUUACGGCCUACUUCCGAAUACUAAUGGUCGGGAUGACAGAUCCAAAUUCAAAGACGGAGGUGCGGUCACAAUCGCUUCAAUGGUCCAGCCAGCGUUGCCAGACCCUUGAAAAUUAAAGUACUGAUCAAGAGACAAAAAAUGUACUGAAAAACGGAAAAAUGGACUAACUGAACUGGAGUUCAUAAAACUGCUAAAGUAGAUGGUUUUAGGAUACUUAUUUUGUUUUUCCUACUCCUGUAUUACUGCUUUAAAUUUAAAACAUCAAAUAAAAAAUCAUUCAUUUUAAAUUAUUUUUAAUAUGUCACGGUUUGGUUAGUGGGUUAAUUAAACACUCGGAUGGGCGAUGAGCUUCACGAAAAACAUUGUUUUUUAUCUACUAGGUACCUCUUUACCUAACUAAAGUCACUAAAGAUCUGACUUUACAGAUUGGGGCAGGUUACUUAUUCAACGAAAUUUAAUGCUAAUAUCUUCUAGCUUCUCAAGAAUGUACAGGGUGUCCAAGAUUCGAUGGUUUUGGCGGGUUCCGGGUAUUUCUAGAGCAGUUGGAAAAAAUGUGACUCCCACUUGCGAGUCUCGAUUUUCAAGAGAAAUUGACUGGUGCAAACCGCAUCUCGAUAUGUCGAGUCGUUUUUAUGUUACGAGUGGUUUUUCAAAAAUUUGCAGUUUAGCAGGGGGUCUAUAACUUCUUUAUUUUUGGAAAUUUUGUCGACUUUUUCCCUUGUAGCUUAAAAGAGAAUGGAGAUGCGGGUUUCACCGGUCAACUUCUCUUGAAAAUCGAGGCUCUCAAGUGAGGGUAAGAUUUUUCCAACUGCUCUAGAAAUACCCGAAACCCUCCAAACCCAUCGAGUCUUGGACACCCUGUAUAUGUUAGGCAAUUUAAGUUAGUUCAGUAAUAUUGCCAUGUCAUCACCCUUCUUGGAAUUUUUUUUGAUCUAAGCAACAUCUUAUCUAAGCAAAACCCUCCUCUCGGGUGGAUCUUGUAAUCCAAAGUUUAAACUACUUUUUUCCUGCGGUGCAUGACAAAUUUCCGAAUUAAGCGAGAUCAAACUCCUAAUCGAGAUUAAGUCUAUACCGGCGUGAAAUGGGCGCGGGCUAAAGGCAUGUUUGGGGUGCGUUCAAUGUUCUGCUGGGAUGCACCCGGAGUCAUACGUGCGCCCCGUCCGUCUAUUCGAAAAUUCAGGUAUUCGUUAAUUUUUCCCGCCGUUUAAAAAUAUCCCCGGUAUUGUACAGCGGCGGCAAAAUGUACUGAAUUUUAUACUGUGGUACUGACGUACUGAAGAGAGUCAAAUUGUACUGAUUUCAUUACAUCUGUACUGAUGCUGGCAAUACUGGGUCCAGCAGCUUUGAGGAGCAAGAGCUGGUAAAAGUAAUCUGGGUAAAAGUGAUUCUUCACUAAUUAAUUUUUACUUUCUGCUAGGUUCAAAUAGAUUUUAGAAUAUUAUCAUUAUGGUCUACGAUUUUCUUGGUUUGGUAGGUAUUUGAUUUUCAUGUUUAAUUUUUACAUCCUUUUAGCAGGUUUAAAUAGAUUUUAGAAUAUUUGUAUUAUGGUUCACGAUUUUGUUGGUUUUUGUAUUUAGAACAAUAAAAUAAGUAGGAUCAUUGUGAAGGUAUGAUCACAUGGUUCUUAGCGUUGGGGACCAACGCUUUCACAGGAGGGGCAUAUGUCAACUGGUCUAUGAUAAAACCCCUCUGUAUUUCGAAAACCCAUUAAAACUAGAACACGAUUCAUCGACAAUCAGCAGUUUAAGCAGGUCAACGCGUAAACUAAUGUUUACACGAAAUGGAUAUAAAAACCGAUGCAGCCAAUGGUAUCGCUACCUAUUUAGGUCCUUCUCUCCUCAGGGUCUCGUUACUCAAAGGAGCAGUAGCUACACUUCUCUUGCCACUAGCAGACACUAUACUUAAGGCUCCUUUUUGUAUGUAGUUGUGUGUUUUCCCGAAGAGCAACCUGAAACCUGAGGUCCUACCCAUAUUACCCGCGAGGCGUGCGUGUGACAUGAAUUAAAAAAAAAUCAGAUAAAUAUUUCUUUAUUUCUACUGAUUGUGUAUAUUAUCCUAGCAUAGGUAUAUAUUAUUAUAGUGUAGGUAAAAAAAGUCGCCCAUAGCCCCAUUUUCAAUACAAACAAUUAAAUCAAAAUGGGAUAUGGAUGCGAUUUAUGUUACAUUCUUAUCAGUAAGUAUCACAAUCAUCAUUUUUUUGUUGAGACUUUUAACUCAACUCUUUCUGCAUAUUUUAAUUUAAAAACAACAGAUUGACACAACUUCCAUGCUUAAUAGAUUAGUUAUUAUAAAAAUUAUUGAGAUUAUUUAUGUAUGUAUAUAAGGUAUGCAUUAUUGGUGUAUUAGUUAUGAUUAUUUCUUUCCUAUGAAUCAAAUAGGCAAAAUAUUAUUAAAUAUUUUGAAUAAAGGUUUUUGGCAUGAAAAUUUUGCAACAUUCUGUAUAUCUUAGGCAACAAAAUAUUCUUGAAAUUGGGAACUGAAAAUUUCAUCCAUAUAGUUUUUUGAUAAAAGGUUUCAAGUGAUUUCUAUUACCUUAAAUAAUAUCAAGCAGCGAAAACGAAAUGUACACAAAUCGUUUAUCAAGAUUAAAUAGACUUUGAUUAAAUGAUUUAGGCUUGGUUUAUUUAUCUUCAGAUAAACUUGCUGGUAACUAUCAGCCUGACAGUUUAUCAGAAGGUGAAUAAACUGGCCCUUAGGGGUAUACUUAACAUAUAACUUUACUUACACAAUAAAGGAACAUGGGUAAAAAAUUUAAAAUCUAGUUUCAGUAAAAAAAAACGUUAUUGGUAUCCUACCAGCUAUUUUUUAUAACUAAAUUGUUUGUACGCGCUUUUUCCUUAAUUUUAAUUUUUAACCGCAGAGGUGUGUUUCUUAUAUUUUAGUUCAGUAUAUAAAACAGUAUAACACCAACAUUAUUAGAAUCAAAAGGUAUUUUGACAUUUACAGAUCUUGGUGCGGUUUUACCAUUUUGGAAGUUAAGUUUACAAGAACUCAUAUAGGCCGCUUGCAUAAAAAUUACAGACAAAAUUUCUUUUGGCCUCUAUCCUAACUAAGAAUAACAACAUAGGCUAAACACGCGUUUUUGUUCCAAAUUUUAUUCCUUAGCCCAAUACUCUUUUCAAAAUAGAAAAAUAAAUUGGUAUAGACUAGGAACGUAUGGGUUACCUACAAAUUGAACAAACGCUUAAAAAUGCGUAAAAUAAAUUGUUUAGAUCUUUCAAAUGUUCCAUGACUUUUAAAGCUAGAUUCAAUUUGAUUUUAUCUAUUACAUUCUCUACUUGUAUAUUUCUAGUAGAUGAAUAAGACUUCUAAUCUAUAAUAUAAAUAAGAGAUCUAAGAGCCAGCUACAAAAAUCCACGAUAAUGAUGCAAACUUUCGAAUUUAAGAAAAAAAAUACAAAAAUUAUAAACAUAAAAUACGUAUGUAACAGCUGAUCCCAAAAACUAUCCUCAUGAUUGCUGUUCUUUUUUUUGUUCAGGUACAAAAAACAACCUUUUCGCUUUAGUUCAACCCGAUAAGCCAAUACUUAAGAGAAAAAUAACAACAUCACAAAAGUAUAAAUGUUAUAAGUAUUGGAAAUAUAACUGGUUAGGUACCUACCUAUCUACAAGGUAGUUUUGAGAUAGAAUUGCAUUACAUUUCCUCAGGAUUUUAGUUUAAGCUUACAUAUUAUUAAAAAAAAAUAGAUAAAUUAUUAUUGAAAUGAAACUUUUAGUUUUUUGAUUGCGGAAGGAGCAAAUAUUUUAAAUAUAUGGUUGGUUAGCCAUUAGAGGCAGGGAAAAGUUUUGGAUGGAAAGUGGGGGUUGACUUUUUUAUAAAUGAUCAAAGAUUAUUCUUGAACUUGUUUGUUAGGAAGUCUAUACCAAUGUAAAUUGAAGUCUGAAUUGAGAAGUCAAUUAUUCUUCUAUGGCACUAUAUUACCCAGUUUUUGAUCUGAAUGAAGCCAAAUACUUGACAGUUUUGUGCACUGCCGCAUUCUGGGAUUUGAGUGAUUAAAUUUACUCUUUCCUGAAAAUGACAGUUUCAGCAAAUAAUUACUUGUACAAAAAAUAUUGUACAUUUUGUUGACUGUUACCUAUAAAUGAAAACAAAUAGAUCCAAACUGAGACAAAUAAGUCGUAGUUCUAAUGUUCUAAUUUCACUCAUAAAGUUUAUGUUUCAAAAAGAGUAAAAAUUCAACUAAACCUGAUGUAGCAUUUUCAGGACAAGAUUAGAAUUAGAAUGUUUUUCGAUAUUUUUUCUAGUUCACAUGUUAAAACAUUUAUUUGCAUUGUUGGUUGUUAUUAUCAAUUAUUAAUAGUGUUUCAAAUUCUUUGUUUUCUGAAAAAAAUGAGUAGCCUAAAUGUAAAACUACAAGUGAUUAUUUGCAGAAAGAAGUUUUUGAUUCAAUUGAUGACUUUUAGACAGUAAUAAGGUACAGUUUCAUGAGGAAGACGAGUUACAAAAAUUAAGUUUCAAAAAACUACAAGUAUCCAACAAAUUGUUGAAAACUGUUUUCACUUUUGAGUUUGGUAAUUUUUCACUUCAUCAAAGUCCUUAGUCAAGCCCUACGAUUUUGUUAAGAAAGUGUUGUAGAAAUUGAACCAGAGUGUCUUUUGCUUGGAGAUCUUGUGGCGCUAAGCAUUAUUAUACAAAGAGUUAACAGUAAUAAUAAGGAUAAAUAAGAUAUGUUAAGCGAUAUGCAUGGAGCCACAGAUAAAAAUUUGGCGUUCAAAGAUAUUCAGCAGUAAAAUUUCAGCAGUUCUCAAAUAAAAAAAAGCCUUAUAGAAUAAUAUGCGUUGUCCAUGGUGACUUUGCGCACCUGGUUAAGUACCUACCUAAGGUAUCUUUUGUAAGCAAUUCAAAUGAGUAAAAAACUUGCAGAUUUUGUGCAAAUUUGUUUUUUUAUCCAUUGAAUAUGUUUUCCAAUAAAAUAAUGAGAAUGUAUCUUUCUUCAUUUCAUACAAAAAUGCAUUUGGGGUGAAUGGGAAAAACAAAGAGCAGAAGAUACCCAAUUUUGUUGAAUAUUGGUGAAUAGGUAUUGCAUUAAAAAGUUGUAGUUGCAACCUUUGAAGCUGUAAACUUCAAAUGAAUCUUGUAACGAAAGGUUCAUAAGGGAAAUAAAAUAAAUUUCCAAAUAAGAUGAAAACAAAAAGUUACCCUUCCCGAAGGCUGUUUUGCAACUUACUUGAAGGACGAAAUUGAAUACCAGUAUAUUCUCAAACUUAAUUUUCUGAUUUCACGGGGCUAGAAAUGUUUGAAAUUUGAAACUUUGACAACCCUAGGGAUAGUUAUAACAACUUUCAACUUGUGCCGCAUUUGAGUUGAAAACUCAUUUUAAUAUAGAAAUCACCGAACAACCUUUGUAUCAACAACCGGCCCUAACUAGUACACAUUUGGUUUAAUUUGAAAAAAACUGAAGAAAUGUAUUACCUUUCUCUCAUUCUAUUUUUUGUCGCCCCUUAGCCACUAGGUGCUUGAAAAACAAAAGGUCAUUUUUAGGCGCAUGUUUCAAUUAUCGAUUUCCUUGUAGACCUUCGCUAUUGUCAAUCAAUAAUAAAUUUCAAACUAAAAUAUUUUUUAGCGCAAUCAAAUUUGUAUUGUUGUAUCUUGUGUAAUCCAAUGGCCACGCUGGUUCGUUUUUCUUUGCUUGAGUGUGCC